CGACAACUCUAAUAUCAAAACAAAAUAAAAAUUCAAUGCAAGGCGCCAGACUAGGAAAAAUAAUAAAUUCAGAUUUUAAAGGCCUACAAUAUUAUUCGAUUAUUCAAUGAAAUAUGAUCUGCCUGGCCUCAACAGGUGACGAGGCAAAAAUCUGGGACGCCCCCACAUUUUCCUUGCUUGAGCAGUUCAAUUCUCAUGACAGCCCAAUCUCAGAUUUGACAUGGAGCCACGAUGGUCAUUCCAUAGCUACCUGUUGCAACACUGAUAGGACCGUCCAUUUGAGGUUAACUAAAGCCUCACACUCUAUCCCUGCAGACUCUUUUACACUGCCUGCUGGCUGCCUGUGUUUGGAUUACAACUCCUAUUCUAGGUUUUUGUUGUGCGGAUGUGUGGAUGGGUCCCUACACAUCUGGGAUCGCAAGACUCAGUCUAUCAAAAAGUCAUACUCUAAGCACAGGCAGCCAGUGAGCAGCGUGAGAUGGAACUGGAAUGAUACAUACAUUGCCCUGGGCUCAGAGAGUGGGGAAAUUGUGUUGUAUAAUGUGGUGACAGGUCAAGCUAGUAGUCCACUGAUGCCAUCAUCUACUCAGGCCAUUCGUCAAAUGAAGUACAAUCCCUAUCGUAAAGCUUCAUUAGUGUCUGCCUCUGAUGACGGCGUGAUAAAUGUUUGGGACACCAAUUCCAGACGUCUGCUGCAUUCCUUCAGUACCAGCCACCAGGCACCUGCCAAAGAUCUGGCAUUUUCUCCCAUCAACGAUUGCUUGAUGGUCAGUGUCGGCCUGGACAAAAGAGCCAUUUUUUAUGAUGUCCAGAACAAAUCACCUGUGAAAACCAUUGUUGCGGAGCAGCCACUGACAUCUGUGGACAUGAUGCAUGAUGGGGCUACUGUUGUUGUUGGCACGUCCAGGGGGAAAAUAUUCUUCUAUGACAUGCGCCAAGCCUCCACUCCUGUCUUCAGUCUAGCAGCACAUAAAUCUUCAGUACGCCAUUUAAGUUUCAUCAAAAAGGAAGAUUCCAAGAAUGAUAAUGUCAGUCGCAGACAACUUCCAUCUACACCUUUAGCUAGUGAAAACUUGAACCAAAAUGCAUCCCACUCCUCCCCCAGGACCUCACAGCUCAACAACUUCCAUCUUACUGGACUAGAAGCUUUUUCACCUCUAGCUGAAGGCAACAAAAGCAAUGCUUCAGUAGCAGAGCAGUCUGGGAAUGAGAGGUCUUGGAUGUAUAACAAAUCUGUUGCUGCUGCUGACAUCACUCAUUUAGGUGAAGGUGUGUUCUCUCCUCUGCGUAAUGACUCUCACAGUAUCAACAGUUUACAUGGUAGCAGUUCAUUAAUGGGCAAUAACUCCUUCCUUAUGCAGAUUCUUGCAUCAACAGAGAACUCAGUCAAUGAUCUAUCCCAUGUCUCCAGCACUGCAGUUCAUGGGUUUGCUGAUAACCCUAAUCUACUGGCAACUUCACUUGCUGACAAACCUCCACAUGACAUCAACCUGGAUGUCAGUCCUCUAAUGUUUCCUCCGAAUGGGGAGUCCCCACACCAGAGGACUGACAGAUCGUCUCCCCCACACCAGAGGGCUGACAGAUCGUCUCCCCCACACCAGAGGGCUGACAGAUCGUCUCCCCCACACCAGAGGGCUGACAGAUCGUCUCCCCCACACCAGAGGGCUGACAGAUCGUCUCCCCCACACCAGAGGCCUGACAGAUCGUCUCCCCCACACCAGAGGGCUGACAGAUCGUCUCCCCCACACCAGAGGGCUGACAGAUCGUCUCCCCCACACCAGAGGACUGACAGAACACCUCUUAAGUCACCUGGAUCAAAUGGAAGUCACCUGAUACAAUCAAGGUUAAACACCAGUCAACUAGCAGAAAAGAAAAGUGAUACCAGCACCCCUGUUAAGUCUGUCUCGUCAUCAGACAGAAGUUCCGCCCCUACUGUCUUGUCAUCAGACGGGAGCUCCGCCCCUGCUGUCUGGUCCAUCCGCCACCUUGUUCAGGAGCUGUUGAGUGAACAGUUCAGGGAGCACCACCAGCAUCUCAAGUCUGAGAUCAAGUUCAUGUUGGGCCAGUCUGGUGCCCCGACACAGCCCACAACAAACAUUUCAAUGCAGAAAAAUCCUGAAGUUUUUCAUGCGGAGUUCCUGAGAAAUCUGGUCAGAGAGGAACUGGAGGACUUGAAGGAUUUUAUACACAAGGAGUUCUGGUGUGUGCAGGUGGAGCUCAUCAAACAGGUCUUUCAGCUCCAGAAGAGAAUGGAGCUAGGGUUUGCUGAAUGCCAGAUCAACCCCGCCCUGUUGGAGGAGAUCCAGAGACUCAAGGAGGAAAACAGCAGGUUGAAGAGGACCUUUUGAUUGGCUAGUUGAAGAGGACCUUCUGAUUGGCUAGUUGAAGAGGACCUUUUGAUUGGCUAGUUGAAGAGGACCUUCUGAUUGGCUAGUUGAAGAGGACCUUCUGAUUGGCUAGUUGAAGAGGACCUUCUGAUUGGCUAGUUGAAGAGGACCUUUUGAUUGGCUAGUUGAAGAGGACCUUCUGAUUGGCUGUGUUAAGUGGCCUUGACCCAUUCAUCUAAUUAAAGGACGUGCCCGUCUGUUGAUUGUCCACCACUGACAUCUGGACAGUUGGGUCAAGUUGACACAACUGUCAGAUAUCUGUGCCAGAUAGAUGCCAGAUAGAUGGCAGAUAUCUGUGCCAGAUAGAUGCCAGAUAGAUGACAGAUAUCUGUGCCAGAUAGAUGACAGAUAUCUGUGCCAUUCUGUGCAUUGCUAAAUACUAUUAGUUUUUGUAAAAGUUGUUUGGGACCAUUAGCUUUGAUCAGCCAACCAGCUCAAGAUAUUGUUUGAAACAAACCCUUGUCUUUGUAAAUAAAACUAUACUGAGUAAUGAAAUUAUUCUAUAAGUAUUUUACCAGCUCAAGAUAUUGCUUGAAACAAACCCUUGUCUUUGUAAAUAAA